AUGAAGGAAUGGUUGCAAAUCUUGGGCCACUCGGACACCACGGUCAACAGCUUGAAUGUUAUUCAUGUCAGCGGCACAAAGGGCAAGGGGAGCACUUGCGCAUUUACACGCAGCCUCCUUCGUGCGCAUAGCGUGCGGACAGGAUUUCCCAAGAGGAUUGGGCUCUAUACUGGCCCACAUCUGCAAAGUGUUCGCGAAAGAAUACAAAUCGACGACCAUCCGGUCCCGGAAGAUGUAUUUACUCGAUAUUUCUUUGAGGUUUGGGACCGCAUUAUGCCCAACAAUGUAGAGCUCGACUCGAAAGCUGCGAGGCAACCCCGGUACCUGCAGUUUCUCGCCCUGCUGGCUUUCCACACCUUCAUCAGAGAAGAGGUUGAUGCAGCGAUCUUCGAGGUGCAUCAUGGCGGAGAGUAUGAUGCAACAAACGUGAUCCAGAAUCCCGUUGUAACUGGAAUCACAUCUCUUGGAAUGGACCAUAUUGCACAGCUUGGACCUACCAUCGACACAAUCGCUUGGCAUAAAGCAGGAAUAUUCAAAUCAGGUGCACCUGCUUUUUCCGUAGCUCAGGAACCAGGCCCUGCGGAAGUCAUGCGAAAGCGCGCUGCUGAUAUAGACACUACCCUCACGUUCGUCUCGGUGAAUGAGUGCCUCCCCACCGAUGGCAGAGUACUCAGUGUCCCAGUACAACGAUUGAACUGUUCCUUAGCGCUUGAGCUCACGAACGCAUUUCUUCACGCCAAGGCACCCGGCCAUACACUUAGCGAUGCGGACAUCUGCCAUGGCGUGGACAGUUUCCAAUUAACUGGCAGAUUCGAAAUUAUAGAAGAAGGGCAGUUGCAAUGGUUUGUGGAUGGGGCACACAAUGUUCUGAGUUUGGAACAAACUGCAGAAUGGUUUGCCACGAACGCCAGCAGAGAUCAGAUCGGAAGGUCUUCCGCCCUUGUUUUCAGUCAGUUGUCGGAAGAGCGAGAUGGCACGGCGCUGCUACGAUCCUUGGCGCACGCCCUCUUUAGAAAGAAGGUGAAACCUGGUCAUGUUAUCUUUACUACAUACCAAGAGAAAGAGGAUGACCCUACCGAGAGCAGUGCGGCUUGUCAGGGAACUAGGGGGCCGCGGAAAUGGAAUGCAAGUGCUUAUUACGGGGAGCUUAUACAUGGUUGGGGGGAUACUCGGAUUUUUGCGGCCAUCAUCACAGCGGCAUGA